AGCUCUUGCCAUUUGUGUUAUACCGCGUCGUUAUACCUUGCGAAAACGUUUGCGCGCACUAUUCGAUUUUUUCAUCCUUUCCCCGCCCCUCUUCAUUCUGCUUCUCUCAUUCUACACUCGCAACUUGCCAUUUCUACUUCAUGAAAGAGCUUUUGUGCAAACAAUCGUCCUCCCUUGCAUCUCAACGCUGUGUCAGUGCUCUUCCCCUCUCAGUUUGUAUUCGCCGUUUUUAUUAAAUAUACUUUAUAUUAGUUAAUGAAAACAAAACAGAAGGAAACUCCGUCCGCGUGCUUCGCCGUGGUGGAAACGGGCUCGGUGCUGUGCAAAUGAAAUUCAGUGUCCCAGCGGAAGACUCGAAACUUACUUGACUCAAAACAAACCAUAAAUCCUGCGCCUUCUCACCAAGAUUCCUUAAACUCCUGCAAAACGUCGUUAGGUUAAAUGUCAGGUGGGAGAAAUGACUGUAGUUGGAGACAACAUUUGGAAAACACACGCAGCUGAGAAGUUACCAAAGUUUGUUGGGAUUAAAAUUCACAGACAUUGCUGCCCUGCGACCUGUUCCCAGCGUGCUCUUCGAGUGACAAAACCUUGACAAAAAUAGUGAUUGAGAUUGAAAGUGGUGAUCGUAAGAAUACAGCUCUGCGGGAUGUUUAAUGUUCGAACGAUUUCGCCCAGAACAUUGUACGAAACUGCGCGCAAAGCAAUGAAAAAAACAUUCAACAGCAUGGAAAAAAGGGAGUUUGGUUACUGCUCGCUCGACGGGCUUCGCGGUCAAGUAUACGACAAGUUCAGUCGACAAGGGAAACGAUAUAACGAUGCGCUCUUGGAGUGAAAAUAACUAUUAAGCGGCGGCCAAGAACAGAGCGAGAGAGAGUGAAAGAGUGGAAAAGAAAGACAGGCGGAGGGGCUUGGACCGAGUAAAUGAGCGAGUCGUUGAUCAGACACUGAUAUUCACGUGGAUUAUUCGCAUCCGGUAUUUUCCUGAUGGUUACAAAAGUGAAAUAUUUUUUCUCCAAAAAUAAUCAUAGAAAAUGAACGAGUAAUCUUGAUCAACUGAAAAACGCAAACGUUCAUAAAAAAUCGAGUAUAAAUGAAUAAAAUUAUCGAGGCUGAUAUCCUGGCGAGGAAGAAAGAAGGCGUUAAAAGUUAGAGCGAUGGGAAUGGGGAAGAAAAUUUCAUCCGGUUUCUCUUCUUUUUCGUUCUUUCGAGUGUCAACAAAGACGCGGUGAAGUAAGUAGAAACGGUGAGUGCGGUUCAGCGAGGAGCAGCUGGUCUCUACUUUGGCUUCUGCUCUAGAAAAUUCGUUAUUGUGAAUUGAACGUCGAGACGUCAAGGUGUUCGGACACUUCCUUGAGACGAAAAAUCUCUUCUCACCCUCUGGGCUUUUAAAUAUGUACACGAAUACAUUGGGGGUUUGUGGGUACAAAUAUACAUUUUAUUGAAAUGCUGACAAGCAUGUAUUUGUUCUUUCAAACGAUGUUCGACGACAGUUCUACGCCACGGUCGAUUAGACGCAAUUUUAUCUGGAAUUCGGUGCUGUAUGUGAACUUGAAUAUAUAAAAGGAAAGAAGAAAAUUCAACGAGCGCUGGAAACCUGCGUGUGUCGAUAUAAAAAUCGUCGAGGGAAGCACAACUUGUUUAGCGGUCGUUUUAAAUUUUUGUCGAAUGACCUUAAAGUUGGUGACAAAAGUUUCUAAGUUAUCGUGAAGUGCUGAAAUGUUUGGUUAAGUGUUUGGUUAUCUGUUGAGGGGAUAUUCUGAAAAGGAAAAGAACGUAGAAGAUGGGAGAAGGGAUGAAGGAGAAAGAUUAUUCUUUCGAUGCUUCUGACGCAUUAUUUCGACUCGCACAACAGUGAUGUUGGCCUGAUCGUGCUGAUCCGGAUAAACGAAGAAAAGACAUCGUGUUUGGGCUCUUUGACAAACUGCGACUAAUGAUGAUAAGAAGCAUCACAAUGACGAAGUCAUUUGGGUUACGUCGAUUGAACGGUUCUUCCGUAACUUAAUUGAGCCUCUAACUAAAGAGUUGUCAGAAUUGCACAAAAUAGUUAGAAGAUCCAAGAGAACAAAGAACAGAAUACAUAACAGAGCAAGAGCUACGGAAAAAGAAAAAAAGAAAGGAUUAGAGAGAUUUGAAUCGGUCGUACGGUGGCUGAGCUUGGUCAUCGUGUCGGGCGGUUCGUGUCGCCGGUAGUCGUCGAGCGGAGGAUGGCGACGAGUCCGGAAAGUCCAUCGGAUGUCUCGUCGUUGGACGGGAGUUCGGCGACCUUGACGAAUAUAUUGGGAAGGUCGGAUGAUUUUUAUGGGAAUGGGACAAAUUCGAGUAUCGUAGCGCCUGAAUGGCCGAUCGCGGUUUCGAAGGGUUGUGUGCUCGGGUCGAUAAUAAUAACAGCGGUUUUUGGCAAUCUCCUGGUAAUAGUGUCGGUAAUGCGUCAUCGUAAAUUACGGAUUAUAACGAAUUAUUUUGUGGUGUCAUUAGCAUUAGCGGACAUGUUGGUGGCGAUGUUCGCGAUGACGUUUAAUCUUAGUGUGCAAGUUACGGGACGUUGGUUAUUCGGUUAUUUCAUGUGUGACGUAUGGAAUUCACUGGACGUUUAUUUCAGCACAAGCUCGAUACUUCAUUUGAUGUGUAUAUCGGUUGAUCGUUAUUAUGCUAUAAUGAAGCCUCUUAAAUACGCGAUAAACAUGACGAAAAGAGUGGUGGCUUACAUGUUAAUGGCAUGUUGGUUAUCGCCCGCCAUAAUAUCUUUCGUACCGAUAUUCAACGGUUGGUACACGACCAGCGACAACAACGAGUAUCGUCACAUGCAUCCGGAUAUAUGCGAGUUCAAGGUCAACGAAGGUUACGCGAUAUUAUCAUCGAGCAUAUCCUUCUGGAUACCCUGCACAAUAAUGACGCUGACGUAUCUCGCGAUAUUCAGGGAGGCCAACAGACAAGAGAAACAAAUGCACAAUCGUAUGGGCAACGCGAUGCUGUUGGAACACAGGCCCAGCAGGGAUCUUAAUAAUCUUAACGGUGAACUCAACAGUGGUGGAUCCUCGAAGACUCUAACCCUCAACGAAAUCAGCACCGAUCAUCAUCUUCACACACCGACCAAAGACAAGAAUCUCAUUAAAAUGAAGAGGGAGCACAAAGCCGCUCGAACUCUUGGUAUCAUUAUGGGCACUUUCAUACUUUGCUGGUUACCAUUUUUUUUAUGGUACGUCACGACCAGUCUUUGCGGCUCCAGCUGCCAUUGUCCCGAUGUCGUUGUACACGUCGUCUUCUGGAUCGGUUACACCAAUUCGGCACUCAAUCCCCUCAUAUACGCUUACUUCAAUCGUGAUUUUCGGGAGGCCUUUAAGAACACUCUACAAUGCGCAUUUUGCUCGCUAUGCAGGAGGGAGCCCUCCGAUCUCGAGGCACUAGACUUCCGUCGGCCCUCUCUCAGGUUCGACGAUCGAACAAAGAGUAUGUACUCGGAGACGUACAUAACGCACAUUGACCGGCGAAGAUCGAGCGAAUUCGGUAGCAGCCUUUGAGAGGAAACCAAAUUUAGAUUUUAAGUCACGCCCGCAUCCUAAGCACAAGGAAUAUAUAACUUUGAAAGAAAAGCGAAGAAAAAAUGACAAGCCGAAAAGCAGUGAGAUAAAAAGAAGAAAAAACGACAGCAAUCGGUCGUUUCGACCUCGCAAAAUACAUAACGAUACAUAACUACUAAUAUUAUUAUUAUUAUUAUUAAAUUGAUUUAUGAACGUAGAAUUUUUAUUAAGGAUCAACCUGAUUGCUGAUACGUUAUGGCGAGAUCUUUUGUUUUUCAUUUUCAUGAAGUCAUCACACCAAUUAUUUCGCCAUUUCCUCUCGCUCCUUGCCCUAUUUUAUUGCCAAAGUUAGUAAGUAACUACAAGAGCAAAUGACAAAAAAAUUAGGGAAUCAAAAUGAUAAGCAAUCCAGUGUGCGUGCGUGCGUGAGAGUGCCAAGGAGAUACGUCGGUGCGAGCGUGUGUGAAUAUUCGAAAGAAUUUUGACGAGUCACGAGAAUUUUCCAUCCAGUCAAAUAUUCAAAAAAUUCGUAUAGCUCAAAUACCUAAUAAAAGUACGAAAAAAAUUUCUGGUCCAUCGUGCAAAGAAUCCGUUUGGCUUUCGCCGCAUCAGAAAGCGUGAUGAAAGUUUGUUGAACCAAAUGGCAAAUUUUAUUCUGGGAAAAUACGAAUUCUCGGUUGAUAAAAUUAACGUUUGAAAUUCAGAUAAUAUUUAUAAUAUAGAUGUAUAUAAUUCGUCAAAAUAUAUGUUUCGUUGAAGUACUUUAAAAACUUUUGUUCUACCGAUUCGCCACCAUCGUGAUCUAAUGGCCCAGUAAGAAUUUAUUUUAUUCCUUGCAAAUGAAUAUAUUGAAGUUACAAAAAGUCUAAAAAAGAUAUUACAUCAUGCAAAUAUUUGCCUAAAUUUUAAGAUGUUUUUUGGAGUGAUGAAAAUUUUGUAAAUGUGUAAAAAGAGGAGAUUGUACUUUUUGUUUAUUUGACUCGAGGAUUAUUGUCGGAGGCGUUUUGUAAAUUAGUAAAAAUUUCAUGUGCGCGAGAGAACAUUUGUGAUUAAUAAAUGAUAAAAAUACAUAAACAAAUAUUUUUUUUUUUUUUUCAUUUUUCAAUGCUAAGCCGAACAGCAUGAGAUUGUGUGAUUUUUUGUGAUGUUGGGAGAGAAUAGAGUAUGAUUUGCGAUCUGGCACGCGGGUGCCGGAGUUAAGGAAGGGGCAUGACAUGAGCCACUGGUUGGCCCAUCAAUAAUUGACUCUCCUUCAGGGCCUAUUAAGAUAUUAUUAUUGCAAUAAGUUUUAGAUAAUUGUUGAUAAAGAAAUUCGUAAGUUACGUAUAUUUUUCCUCUCUUAGAAGGUUCUCUGGACGAAGACUAAAGUUGCUUUAUCAUUGAUUAUUUUCACGUGUUCCACACACACACACACACACACACACACACACACACACAUACAUACAUACACACACGCAUAGCCACACGUCAUAUACACACAGAAGUAUCUGGACUGAGAAACGUUGGCCAGAUUCGUAAAUAGUUUGUAAUUUAAUACGUGCAAUAUCGAAAUUGUGCUCAAAAGCCCCCGACACGUAACGAGGCGGUCGUUGACACACUAAGUUUUUUCUACUCGUCUCUCCCUUCUUGUUUGUAACAAAUAAACGAAAAAAAAAAAUGAAGAAAAAAUACAAUGAAGCACUGAGAACGAGAAUUUUCAGUGUAUUUUUUCGUCGUUUCUGUUUGUUUUUUUUUACGAAUAAACUCCAAUGACCGUCAAUACUCAUCGAUGUAUAAAUAAUAUAAUUGUACAAUUGUUAAUUGAGUAUACCGCGAAGACUAGACUGGCCUGAUGUAUUUUUUACUCGCCUGGCACUAUCAUUAAUUAUCGCCCACUUCCUUUUUCGGGAUCGCAUAAGUUCAUGCCGUUACCGCAUGAGCUCUUUGAACGAGAAUACAAAAAAAAAAGAGAGAAAAAUUAAUAAAAAUAAAGGGAAAAACACAAAUUGGAAGAAGACAAAACGAAGUAUCGAAAGAACACGUGACGAUGAGAGUAAAAAACGGAAGCAGUCAAACUGGAACUGAAUAACGAUGCAAUAAAAAUAAUAAUAAUAUCAUUGUAAUUAUCGAUAUGACAUAGCUAAAUUUAAUUUAGUAGAUUCGAUGCAACGAUGGAUCUCUUCCCUCUGACGCAACCAGAGUGAAUGCGACCGGAAAAUGAGCAGGAUGAAUAUUUCGCGUUGUUCGAAAAGAGAUUUUGGAACGUUGAUGUAUGCAUAGAUGGAAAAUCCGUCGUCGUUUGUUAAUGAUAAAAGAAAAAAUUUCUCGACGUUAAUCAAACGAAGAAAAAACGAUGCAAUUAUGACUUUUCUCCCUCCCGCAUGAUAGAUGAAUCUGUUGCCAAAAGCAGGAUGAAAAUACGAAUUCUGUGGUGCAUCAGAACGUGCCAAAGAUGCACUCGAGGGUCAGAGAUCGAUAAUAGUAUUUUGGUCGUGUUUUAUUUCAAAAUUGUUGAGUAAACAAAAGUGAUUAUUAUGUAUCGUUGGUUUGUUUUCCUGUAAAAAGGAUAAAGAAUCGUGACAUGAUUGGCACAAAAAGUUUUUCCACGAAUUUGUACGAUUAUUGUGAGCGUGUGAUUUGUAAAUUAUUAUUAUCAUGAAAAAUAUUCAAAAUUCGCCGCAUCGAAAUGGAUUUCAUUGAAUUUUAAAAACUAAAAGUAAAUGAAAAUUAAAGGAAAAUCUUUCACCGUUCGGGAGAUAAAUAUAUUCACGAACCUUUUCGUUGAACAAUGAAGCGCGUGUAUGUGUGUCUGAGUGAGAGAGAGAGAGAAAGAGAAAGAGAAAGAGAGAGACGUCAACAUUCAUCGCUCAGGUGUUUGUAAAUAAUAAAAAAUCAAAUUGUAUACAAAUGUAAGAGGAGAAAAGAGAAAAGAAUAUGUCCAGAAGAUAUACAUGUAAUCGAAAAAAAAUCUGUUAGUAUCGUGCAAUAACGGAAGGGGUUAAAUAGGAAAGAAAAAAAAAGAGAAAGAGUCUUGAACAAAAUAUAUUUCCUUCAGUUCAGAGGGAGCAAAGUGUUCGUUAGCUUGUACGUCUCGUGUAAUCUACUAGAGUACCUACGACCCAGAUUCGUACUCCCAACCCCCUUGCAUUCAACGAAAGAAGUAAAAAACAAUUUGAAAAAAUUAAAUUUCAAAGGUUUUCCAAAGUUUCUCCCUCGAUCUCCCCGGACUCCACACCUUCCUAUCCUCUCGAUUAUAUCCGUGCGUAUAAACAAUCAAAUGCAGUAUACAUGUGUAUCAAGUAUAAGCAAUCUCGUAAACAAGAAAAAGAAAUUACAGAAACACACUCACACACACACACAUUAGAAACAAAUAAAACAUGGAUGUUAGCUGAAAAUUCGACCUACGUAGACUGUACACAUUCCCUGGAAUUGGUACAGAAUUUCCUUCACUGUGACGAAAUUCAUAUUCACAUGGAAUUGCGAGAAUAUACCGAAGCGAAAUAAAAAAAAUAGUCUCAUAAUAUCGGGGCUACCGGCAAGAGUGCAGAGCGAUAGUAAUUGUGCAUUUAUUCAAAACUUGUAAUUUGAAGGUUUUUUUUAAAAAAUAAAUUAGACUUGACAAGCGUUUCAUCGAGUCUCCGUAGAUAAAUUUGAAAAGACAAAAGUAUUUUUUCGUCGUUUCCUAUUCCCAGGCAGGUUGCAAUAAUCAAGAAAAUAAAAAUUCAAACAUCAGUGAGAAAAACUACUGCAAAUAAGUUCAUAAAUGUACAAUUAUAUGUGGAGAGAAAUGCUAGAGAAAAAUGGCAAUCGAAAUUCGUCACAAAUAGCUUUCCUCCGAUGUACCCGAGGGGAUGGAUGAGCGAACCAAAAACAGCAAUUUGUAUCACAGAUCUUUCAACGUUUGUGUAUAUGUAUGUAUUUUUCUGAGGCAGAUGAAUCGAAGAAUCAAAAUGCAAAUAAGGGAGAGACCGAAGCGAAUAAAGAAAAAACAAAACAAAACGAAAAAAUAAUACCAAAAAGAAACAAAAAUAAUGUCGAAAAACCAGCCUGAUAACACGACACGAACAAUCGCUAUCAGCUGCGAGAGAUAAAGAGAUUAAAUAAGAGGAAAAAAUAAAUAUGUGUAUAAAGAUUUAAGUGUAUAAAAAAAAAACGUUACUAUUAUAAUUAGGCUACGUCGUCGAUCGAUCAUCGCAGCAGGAUACUCGAUCGUUGCAGGAACAAAUAAAAACAACAAUUAUAUAGAAUCCUGCGUUUCCUCUAGUCAUACACCAAGACCAAUGCAAUGUAAAAAAAGAAAAAAAGAAAGAAAAAAAAACAAGAAGAAGAAACAUGAAAAUAUGUAAGAAAAAAGAAUUAAGAUAUCAUCGAGGGUGAGAGGGUGCAAACGCUAAUAAAUUACAAAUCAUAAACACACACGUUCGGGCAGAGCAAUCAGAAUCGAGCUUUACUUUUGCCAUUUAUUCCCAUUGACCAUUUAUAUUUUUUAUUAUAAACCGUUUGUUCUAUCGUCUCAGUAAAUCACAUCGUCGACCAAAUAAAA